AUGUCAUUAGUUUCAGCAAUUGCAGAAAAAGAGCGCACUUCACAAUCGGAUAGUUCUACGAAACAUGAGAAAGCAACUAAACGUUCUAGUGCCGUCUAUCAGACAACAGGCGAACCUUUGAGUAGGGAAGCAUUAUACAGGGCCAAGAUGAAAUAUGGUUAUUAUCAGUCCCCAGCAAACAAACCAUCUGUCGGUGUUAAGGAUACAGCACAAGCUUCUGAUUCAGCUGCCGUUUUAGCUGCAAGUAAUAAACAAACAAUCGAUGCUUAUAAGAGAUUAUUAGACCCUAACGCUACUAGAGCUGCCCAUGCAGUAGCCAAAACUAAGACAAGAUCUCGUACAACUAGUGUUACUUCUAAUAAAUCUCGUUCUGGUGGUGAAAAUGUUUCACCUCAGGAGAGAGCUAGUGCUGCAGCCUCUAAGGCAUUCUCCAUGACUUCCACAAGAGAACAAAGCUUGGGUAUAGGUGCUAUUACUGAGAACAAGAGGGAAACUACUUCCAAAGACACUACAAAUAAAGCUUAUUCAUUAAAGAGUGCAAGUUCUGUAUUGAAGCAAUAUGAAAGAGAUCAACAUAAACCAAAACCAGAAGUCAUUCCAACUUCUAAGAAAAUGAAUCUUUCGAAAGUAUUAAAAGGUGCUGAAUCCAGAGCUGAAACAAGAGUCAAACAAAGAACAGAACCAAAUUCACAAAAUUUUUCCUAUGGUAUCAAGACGAAUGUUAACCAAUAUAACCAAUUCACUUUAAGUAAAGAUAUGAUGAAUGCCAUUAUGUCGAAGACAGGCCAAAAGGAUAUUUCCACGUCCGAAGCCUCGUCCAGUAAGGGUAAAUCAAGUUUGGAAACAUCGGCCAAGUCUAAAACUGGAUCAAUCUCUUCAGGCAAAGACCAUGACAUGGCUAUGAAUGCUGCUUAUGCUGUAAGAGCAUUUGAUACAAGAACUGCAGUUGAUGAUGAGUUGGAGAAACAAGCAGAAAACAGACAAAUGUAUUUGAAUCAAUUGACAUCUACAAAAGUUCUUGCACAAGCAAGAGCUAAUGUUGAUAAAGAGAUUGAAAACAUUGAGAAAGAGGACUAUGGUCGUCAAUUGUUUGCUAAUGAUGCUUAUAACAGAACUGCUGUGUCGAUUGCUCAAAAGAAUUUGACUAAAAAGAGAGCUCUUGUAAAUAACAAGAUCAACAUGGGUGGUGGUCUAUGGUUAUCAUCAGAGGAUAUUCAAAAGAUCUCCCAAAACCUACUGAAUCCUGUCUUAGGAGAGAUCACUGAGAGAGCUGAUAGUCAAAGAGCUGCCGAUGUUGAUAUUGCAAAUCGUACAAAAGCAUUACAACAGAACGUUAAGAAUUGGAAUAUUUUACAAACUGAAAAAAUUGCUAACGACAUUAAAUAUCAAAAGGAUUCAGACGAUAGAUUAGCCAAAGAGAAGAACGAUGCAUUGGUGGCUGCUAACAACAAAUACAAUGAAAUGAUUCAAAAGAUGGAAACUGAAUUGAAUAAACAUAAUGAAGAAUUCAAUGAUACGAAACAAACAUAUGAAGAUUUGAAAUUGGAAAUGUCAAUGAAACUUGAUUUGGAACAAGAAUAUUGUGACAAAGAAUUGAUCAAUUGGAAUGAUACGCGUGCGCAUGACAUUCAAGAUGCUUUGAAGGAGCAACGCACCUUGUUACAACCAUAUUUGCUUGAUUUGCAAAGGGCUCAGGAUGAGCAUGAUCAAUUAAUUAAAGAGUAUGAUACUAUUAAUGGUAGAAUUACUUUCUUAACAACACAAAUUGAUGAACAUAAGGCUAAAAUUGAAAAUUAUAGCCAUGAUUUAGAAGGACAAAAAGAACAGGAAACUAGAGUUAUCUCUGAACAAGAUGAGUUGGAUGAAAACAAGAAAGCUCUUGAGGAAGAUUUGGACAAAUCUAUCAUUGUAAAAGCCAAUAAAGUUAAAGAAGAAGCUCAAUUAUCGGCCAAGGAACUCGAAUUGAAACAAUUCGAGCUUGAUGCUGCUAUUAAUGAACGUAAAAGUGAAUUAAAUGCAGCUGAAAUCUCAUUACAGAAGGAGAAAUUGUUAUUGUUAGAUGUGAUGAAAGAAUCUUCUGAAUUGGAAGGUAGUCCACAAUUGGAUGAAGAAAAGGUUAAGACGUUAAUCGGCAUGUCGUCAGCAGAGUACUUGAGUAAACAUAGACCUGUUGAGACUGCUCCACCAGCAGCUACUUCUGCUGCUGCAAUGGAAGCUAUACCUGAAGCAGAGAGCAAUGACAUUGUUGCCACUCAAAGUGAACCAAGUGCUGUGACUCCUGAGACUGCUCCAAUUGCGAAGACAACUACCAAUACGAGUCAUAAAUCUGGUAAAUUUGGCCUUGGUGGAUUAUUCCUUGGUUCACGAGCCUCACAUAAUGCCAAAUUACACCAUAACAAGACAGAAACAAGUAAAUCUCCCAUAGUGGCAUCAUCUUCCACUACGACCGCACCCCCAGCUACUACUACUACUGCUACUACCAAGAACAUGAGUGUACCAGUUGCUAAAGAUACUCAAACUUUAGAACCAUCCUUUAGUGGAUUUUCCCAGGGAUCUAUGAUUAAUAAUGAAGAUGAUGAAGUGGAGACAGAAGAUAUUAUUGGUGAUACUGUUGCUAGUCUCAAAGAAAAGAGCUCUACAACGGAUGUUAAUGAUGAUGACGACGAUGACGAUAUCCAAAUCAAUGGAGAGACAGGUCGUGCGGGAGGUAGUUACUUAAAGGAAGUCUUUUAA